AUGGCCGAGUUCGAAAUUGGCCAAACGGUCGAACUGGGAAAUGGUGCUAUAGGGACUAUUCUUUACAUUGGAACGGAUCCAAUUUUUGCUGCUGGAGAUUGGAUCGGAGUUGAAUUGGAAGAUGGAGGAGGAAAAAAUGAUGGUAGUGUCCUGGGGAAACGAUAUUUCCGGUGCGAAAUGGGUCGUGGAAUGUUCGUUCGUCCUUCGACUAUAAGAAUUAUCGAUCGACCUGCAGCACCCCCGAAACCACCUGCGCCUGCAAAGAAGCCUGGUCGACCCAGCAGUGUUGUUGUCCCGGCGGCACGAAGAACAAGCUCUGUUCCGGAUAAUGGUGUAGUUAAGAGGAAAAGCAUGAAUGCCCCUAGUCCAAGUCCCAUGGCAAGGCACCCUUCAGGCCCUUCAGGCGGCCUGCGGUCUCCUACAAAAUCUCCUACAAAACAACUAUACUCCACUGGCACUUCAGUUGCCUCAACCCCGAGAACUGGAACACCAGCGAAUUCUCGGGCAGCUUCUGCCAGCGUUUCGAAACCACGUCCAUCAUCCGUGACUAGUCGAACAUCAAUGGGACCACCACCUCCACCUGCGGGACGAGGAAAACCAUUAGCCGGGGGUAGCAAUGUUGGAAAUAGAAUAGGGGCGCCUGCAACCAGGACGACAGGUACUCGUCCAACAUCUUUGGCUCCAAAACGCACUCUUCGGCCUACUGCAGACCGAGUGCCAUCAGGUUCUAGUCAAGUAAGUACCGGACACCUCAGUGACGGAACUCAUGAAACGGUGGAUGACGAUAGACUUCUAUCGCCGUCACUGAGGAGUGACACGGGUCAGCUAUCUCCACAAGCUGUAAGUCCUGUAUUAUCUAGGACGGAGCGAGAUGCUUCGCCAGGAGGCUCACCAGCGGCACCGCGGGGUGCGGCGAGCACGGCAGCUAGCAGAGAGAUUGAAGAUCUAAAAACCAAGCUUAGAGUAAUGGAGAAAAAACGAAUGGAGGAUAGGGAGAAGCUAAAAGCUUUGGAAAAUGUUCAGGCAGAAAAGGAGAAAUUUGAAGGAAUUAUCCAAAAGUUACAAACAAAAUAUCAACCCCAGCAACAAGAAAUAACAGACUUGCGAAAGCAGUUGAAAGAAUUUGCUGCUCGGUUCGAGGAAUCUGAAGCUAUGCAAGCUGAACAUGAGUCGAUACUUGAAAUGGCGACUUUAGAUAGGGAGAUGGCAGAAGAGACAGCCGAAGUUCUCAAGACUGAAUUAGAUGCCUUAAAACAAAAGACUGAAGAGUUGGAGCUUGAGGUCGAGGUACUGCGAGAAGAGAACACGGAAUUAGGAGGGGAGAUGAGUGCAGAAGAAAAGACUAGUCAAAGUUAUUUGCAAAUGGAGAGAAAGAACGAAAGAUUGACGGAAGCCCUUCUGAGGCUCCGUGAUUUGACACAACAAGCUGAGGCUGAGCUAAAAGACGAGAUCAAGAGUUUACACGAGGAUGUUCGGGAGCUUGGUAGUGUGAAGGAACAUUAUGAUGUGGUUAAGGGAAAGCUUGCUCAAUCAGAAGCAGUUAUUGAAGAUCUUCGCCAACAGCUCGAUAAUGCUCUAGGUGCUGAAGACAUGAUUGAGGAACUCACCGACCGAAACAUGAGUAUGAGUGAGCAGAUUGAGGAACUUAAGGUCACAAUUGAGGAACUCGAGAGUUUGAAAGAGCUGAAUGAUGAGCUCGAGAUCAAUCAUGUUGAGACGGAGAAGGAAAUGCAGGAAGAACUCGACUUCAAAGAAAGCAUCAUCAAUGAACAAGCGAGACGAGCUGCCCAGCAAGAUGAGACCUUGGAUGAUAUGGAGUACACCUUGUCCAAGUUCCGUGAGCUAGUCACCAGUCUUCAAAGCGACUUGGAAGACAUGAGAGCCUCACAUGCCGUCACAGAAACAGAAUCGGAACAAUUGAACAAUCGAUCACGUGCAAUGCAAGAUUUGAAUAUGAAGCUCCAAGUUUCUGCUGCUAAAACACAAAUCAAGACUAUCGACCUGGAGUUACGUCGCUUGGAUGCUCAAGAGGCGUCAGAACAUUUGUUGAUUGUUCAAUUAUUCUUGCCAGAUCAAUUUAAUGCAGAAAGAGAUUCGGUCUUAGCAUUAUUAAGAUUCCGACGUGUAGCUUUCAAGGCUAAUCUCUUGCAUGGAUUUGUUAAGGAGAGAGUGAACGGACAGCCAUCUAUCGGUCACGAGGAUGACAUAUUUGCUGGCUGUGAUGUUCUUGACAAACUCGUAUGGGUUAGUGCCAUGUGUGACCGUUUUAUCAAUGCCAUCAGCCAUUGCUCUAUAGAGGAAUUCGGUAAAUAUGAAGGCGCGCUCUAUGAACUUGAACCUGUAGAAAGAGCACUUAACGGAUGGAUAGAUGGCUUGAGACGGGAUGAAUUGAAGGAAAAGCAAUGUGCUAGUGAAUUGCAACGUACUAUUGCUCUCAUGUCUCAUCUUGCAGAAUUUCAUCUCCGGGAUGGCCUUGCUAAUUACGCUGAUGAGGUACAUAUGCGUACCCUGGUCAUGCAGAGCCAGCUCGAAAAUGCUGCUGCUGCAAUCGCAUCUACCAGAACGAUGGUACAAUUUAUCAUACCUAGUCAAGAGGAAGAUGAUGAACUCUUUCAACAUUUCUCCAAGAAGACUGAAGCAGUUAUCACUCAAACACGGAGUGCAAAAGUCGUUAUUGGAAAAGCAGUCCGAGAAAUUGAAGACUUGAAAGCUCGAUCAUUAUCACUAAUGCCUGAUACCAUUGAGUCGUUUGAGCAAUGCGAAGUGGGGAUUCAACAGCUUGCAGACUACACACGUCAUGUAGGAAACGAUUUAUUCACAUUAUUACACGAAGAAGGUAGAGCUGAACCCUACACAUAUGUAGAGGUACAAAAUGCUAUCUAUCAAACCACUUCCAACACUCUCUCGGCCGAUGAAUCUGAUCUUUUCUCUACCUAUGCUCACAAACUUAAACUUCUCAAUAGCCAGCUCGUCGAUCUCUCAACCUUAACAUCUGAUCUAGACAUGACCCUAGAAUUCGAGCUCGCAACAGCUCCUUGGAUCCUCCGAUCACAAGAACUGAAAUCCUCCAAGACGGUAACUAUAGACACUCAAGAAGAACUUCGUCGCCUCAAAGAAGAUAACCACGAACGUCUCCGCCUCAUCGCUUUGCGUGAUCAAACCCUCGAAGAAGCAUCCGUCAAGAUAGAACUUUUGGAAAGUCGCAUGAGAGAUGCUACCAAGAAAAAUGAACGUAUCAACGAACUCGAGCGCAGAAUUGAGAUUGCCAAAAACCGGGAAACAGAACUCACCGAAGCAAUCGAGCUUCAAAACAAAGAAUUAUCAACCAUGGAAGCUGAUCGCGAGAAGUGGAAGAAAAUUGCCGAUGAAAGUAAGGCAUUGGGUGAAGUUGUAUCAGGUUCUAAAGCAGGCCAAGAACGUGCUGUCGCUACCGCACGAGAAAUGGAUGCUCUUAAAACCGAAAUUGCUAGUCUUCAAGCUGCAGUUCGAUAUCUUCGCGAAGAUAAUCGUCGUGUUAAACUUUCGGAACGGGAAAAUAUGUCUUGGUUGGAUGAACCAUUAAUUAAACCCAAAUCGAUAGAAGAACAAAGGAAAGCAUUAGUAAUUGCAGAAGGUCAAGAUGUCCUCAGCGAACUGUUGACAUUGGCCACGGGAGAAAAUUCGAGAAUUUAUGAUCUAGGUGCUAUGCAGAAGGAUAGAGGGAAGUGGAGACCCGCGAAGAGUACACCAGGAUACUGGGUCGCGAGACAGAGAGAAGGGUAUGAGGAUUGGAGGGCUUGGAAUGAGGAGGUGCUUAGGAAGGGGAGAGUGUUGGGGGAGAGGGAGGGUACUGCUGGGAGGGGUGUAGGAACUGGGAGGAAGGGUUUGAGGAAAAUUGGGGAUAGGGAGGUUGUGGCGAAAGUGGAUUUGAGGUGGAAGGAAUUAGAGGGGAAGGGAGCGGGUAAGGGGAGAGAGGCGGAGAUUGUAGAGGCGGGGGAGUGGGAGGGGGUUAGGAGGGAGUGGGGGUUUGUUUGA